AUGAAACCAGGAUCGAUGAAUGAUAUUCCCUGUGAUAGUGGAUUGCGGCAGCUCAAACAGCAUCUUGAAAAAUCAGCCAACAAACUUAUAACAUAUCAAAAUUUGUUAGAAGCCAUGGAAAAAGGAGAUGUGAAUGAUGCCGUGCUGGAACACUGCCCUAAUUUGUCAAAAGUUAUAACGGAAAAUGCUAAGCUCAAGUAUAACGUCGAGAUCCUUCAGGCGAGCAUACGUGAACAGGAACAGUUGAAUAAGAAAAACGGUAUUAAAAAUAUUAGUACUGAAGCACCUAUGGAAAAGAAGUCGAAAACGGAAAAGCUAUCAGAAAAUGGUAGUGAAAAAUCGACUGGAAAUAAAAAACCCUCCACGGAAACCAAAAAGUGCAAUUAUGUUAUUGUGAAGGAUUUUGGAAAUUCGUUGCUACAUAUGUUGCGCGCCUUAUUUUCAGAUAGUGUUUCCAAGCUAUAUCCAGAAAUGUCUGCUAUUCCUAUUUUGAUAACAGAAACUCAGCAAGUUAAGUUUGGUGACUAUCAGUUCAAUUCGUCGAUGUCCAUUGCUAAGAAGUUAGAACAAAAUGGUCAAAAGGUUUCUCCUCAGGAAGUUGCACGAAAAAUCCUUGACAACCUGCCGAAGUGUGAUCGAAUUGAGAAGAUGGAAGUUGCUGGACCCGGUUACAUCAACAUAUUUUUGAAUAGGAGCUGGAUUGGCGCAAGCAUUGCAAAUAUCAUGAUAAAGGGUAUUGAAACUCCAGUAAUUGAAAAACGUCGUGUUGUAGUUGAUUUUUCGUCUCCGAAUAUCGCGAAACAGAUGCACGUGGGUCAUUUAAGAUCCACAAUUAUAGGCGACAGUAUUGCUCAUUUGCUCACCUAUGUUGGUUUCGAUGUUCUUCGUUUAAAUCACGUUGGCGAUUGGGGUACGCAGUUUGGCAUGCUAAUUGCUCAUUUGCAAGACCGUUUUCCAAAUUUCAUCAAUGAAGUACCUCCAAUUUCAGAUUUGCAGGCUUUCUAUAAGGAAUCGAAGAAGCGUUUUGACGAAGAUGAAGCAUUCAAAGCCCGCUCUUAUCAAUGCGUUACUAAGCUGCAAAGUUUCGACCCAUAUUUCGUGAAAGCGUGGCAAAUGAUCUGCGAUGUUUCACGGAAAGAUUUCAAUCAAAUUUACGAUCGAUUGGAUAUAUCUAUUGUUGAACGAGGCGAAUCAUUCUAUCAGAAAUAUAUGGUUGAACUCGUUGGGGAACUCGACAAAUUGGGUGUUUUGCAGCUUGAUGAAGGGAGAAAGAUUUUAAGAUUUGGUGAAGAAAUCCCACUCACUGUCGUCAAAUCAGAUGGUGGUUUUACAUACGACACAUCUGAUCUGGCAGCUCUGAAAUAUCGCUUGUUUGUCGAUAAAGCUGAUUGGAUUAUUUAUGUUGUUGAUGCUGGACAGAGUCUACAUUUUGAACUACUAUAUGCUGCCGGUCAGAAACUUGGUUGGUAUUCACCGACUGAAAAACGUGUCGAAUUUGUCGGUUUUGGUCUAGUUUUGAGUGAAGACAAAAAAAAAUUUAAAACGCGGUCAGGUGAUACAGUUCGAUUAUCAGAUCUGCUUGAUGAGGGUGUGAAGCGAGCAGAAAUAAAAUUACAAGAAAAAAGGCGAGAUGAGAUUAUGAUUUCGGAAGAGUUGGCAUUAGCCCGUGAUGCUGUCGCAUAUGGUUGUGUGAAAUAUGCCGAUUUGUCGCAAACUCGUACGCAGGAUUAUGUCUUCUCAUUUGAUCGGAUGUUGGAUGACCGAGGCAAUACUGCUGUUUAUCUUCUCUACGCCUUUGCUAGAAUAAAAUCAAUAUGUCGCAACACUGGAGUUUCUGAGGAGGAUAUUCAGAACUAUGUGAGCAGUUUGCCUGAUGGAGUUCUUCCGCUAGAACAUAAAUCGGAGUUUAAAUUAGCAAAAACAAUCCUGAAAUUUACUGAUUGCAUCUUGAAUAUUUUGGAUAAUUUUCUCUUGCAUCAACUCUGCAUCUAUGUCUACUCUCUUGCAACAAUAUUCCACGACUUUUACAAUGAGUGUUACGUAAUUCAGAAAGAUCUUGAUGGUAUGUUCUUUUUUUUGCUCUCAUUAGCCAUAUUAUUUCGUACAGCAUACAAUAUUGCUGAUAGAAAAACGACGAUUCAUUAUCAGCGGCUAGUGCUGUGCAAGGUGACAGCCGCUGUAAUGGCUGACUGCUUCAAGAUAUUGGGAUUGAAAACUAUUGAAAAGAUGUAA